UGCGCCGGUUGGGCAGGAGCCGCGGAGGACGGGGACUCGGCGAGCGGUCGGGCUCGCCCUGUCGCUGACUGCGCUGCCCCGGCUCGUCCUGCCUGGCCGCAGGUGCCCUGGAUGAGGCCGCCCCGUGCGCCCCGGCCGCUGAGUGUCCCCCCCGCGGUCGCCCAGCGCCCGCAAGCGGCCGCCUCUCCUUGCCCGGGUCCCCGCGCCCGGCGCAGUCCUCCUCGGGCGGGCGCCUCCGCACCUCGGCGCAGGCGGCACGGCCCUUGGGCCGGGAUGGAUCGACCGGGAAGAGGAAGACAAGCCGGGGCAUUGAGCCCCUGCGCACGGUACCGCGCGUAGUGGGAGCUUGCGCGCAGUAGGCUCUCGCUCUUCUAAUCAAUGGAUAAAGUAGGGAAAAUGUGGAACAACUUGAAACACAGGUGCCAGGCUCUGUUCAACCAUGAAGGAGGAAGCCGCAGUGAGAAUGUGGACAUGAGCUCCAGCAGGUGUCUGUCUGUCAAAGAGAAAACCAUCAGCCUGGGAGAGACGGCUCCCCAGCAGCAGAGCAGUCCCUUAAGAGAAAACGUUGCCUUACAGCUGGGACUAAGCCCUUCGAAGACCUUUGCAAGACGAAACCAAAACUGCGCCGCUGAGAUCCCUCAGGUGGUCGAAAUAAGCAUUGAGAAGGACAGUGACUCGUGCUCCGCCACCCCGGGAACAAGGCUUGCUCGAAGAGACUCCUACUCUCGACAUGCCCCGUGGGGAGGGAAGAAGAAACAUUCCUGUUCCACAAAGACCCAGAGUUCACUGGAUACCGAGAAGAAGUUCGGUAGAACUCGAAGCGGCCUUCAGAGGCGAGAGCGGCGCUAUGGAGUCAGCUCGGUGCACGAUAUGGACAGUGUUUCCAGCAGGGCGGUCGGGAGCCGCUCUCUGAGGCAGAGGCUCCAGGACACUGUGGGUUUGUGUUUCCCCAUGAGAACUUACAGCAAGCAGUCAAAGCCUCUCUUUUCCAAUAAAAGAAAAAUUCACCUUUCUGAAUUAAUGCUAGAGAAAUGCCCUUUUCCUGCUGGCUCAGAUCUAGCCCAGAAGUGGCAUUUGAUUAAGCAGCAUACGGCUCCCGUGAGCCCACAUUCAGCGUUUUUUGAUACGUUUGAUCCCUCACUGGUGUCCACAGAAGAUGAGGAAGAUAGGCUCCGGGAGAGAAGACGCCUUAGUAUCGAGGAAGGGGUGGACCCCCCUCCCAAUGCACAAAUACACACCUUUGAAGCCACUGCACAGGUCAACCCCUUGUGUAAACUGGGACCAAAGUUAGCCCCGGGGAUGACGGAAAUAAGUGGAGACGGUGCUGCGGCUCCACCAACGACUUGUGACUCGGAAGAGGAUUCCACCACCCUGUGUCUGCAGUCGCGGAGGCCGAAGCAGCGCCAGGUGUCCGGGGACAGCCACUCACACGUGAGCAGACAGGGAGCCUGGAAGGUUCACACGCAGAUCGAUUACAUACACUGCCUUGUGCCAGAUUUGCUUCAGAUCACAGGCAAUCCCUGUUACUGGGGUGUGAUGGACCGAUACGAAGCAGAAGCCCUUCUGGAAGGGAAACCUGAAGGCACGUUUUUGCUCAGGGACUCUGCGCAGGAGGACUACCUCUUCUCCGUGAGCUUCCGCCGCUACAACAGAUCCCUGCACGCCCGGAUCGAACAGUGGAACCACAACUUCAGCUUUGAUGCCCACGACCCCUGCGUGUUCCACUCCUCCACUGUCACGGGCCUUCUGGAACAUUACAAAGACCCCAGCUCUUGCAUGUUUUUUGAACCAUUGCUUACGAUAUCACUGAACAGGACUUUUCCUUUCAGCCUGCAGUAUAUCUGCCGUGCGGUGAUCUGCAGGUGCACCACGUAUGACGGGAUCGGUGGGCUCCCUCUGCCAUCAGUGUUACAGGACUUUUUAAAAGAGUAUCACUAUAAACAGAAAGUUAGGGUUCGCUGGUUAGAGCGAGAACCAGUCAAGGCAAAGUAACCCCUGUCCCCCAAGAGCAUUCCCAGGGUCUGCUCUCACGUGCAUCAGACAGUACACCCAUGGGAGGCACAGAGUCGGCUGCUAGGGUUUUCCACCCAGAAUGUGAGCCUAGUCUUCAGCCUCUCUCCAGUGGGAUCUUCUGUUGCACGGACAGAGGUGCCUAGAAACAGCAGAGGGUUUGCGGGUGUCCAGGGCCGGGGAAACACAGCUAGUUUCAGUGAGCAGUGUGGUUUGAGACGGCUGUGACGCCUGAGUGGGGCAGCUCUGGGGCGUUUGCUAUGAAGAAUUCUAUUUCUUACUGAAGAACAAAUUAUUAAUAUUGGAUGGGUAUUUCAACAGUGUGACUAAUGUUUGAAAUUAUUUUUUCUAAGAAUUUUUCUAUAACCUUCCAAAAGUAGUGAUGUUUGUAGUUAACUAUAAAUCAAGCUUUGAAAGUCCAAAACAAAUAAGAAAAGACUGCCUUCCUUUUCGAGAAAAAAAAAAAAUGCAACUUUUCUGGCCACAGGGCAUGUGCAUUGUCGAGGUGGUUUAUGGUCAGUCUCCUUUUCUCCUCAGAGAAAGAGACUCUGAAGUAAGCCAAGGUCUCUAAGAUAGUUCUUCAAACUUCAGACGUAGAGUUAGUAGUAGAGUUGUGUUUCAAAGCCCUCAGUACUCAUCUGGGAUGAGCGUUGUGACUGCAGACAGGCGUGCAGUUGGAGUUCGAGUGGAAUUGUUUUUCUAAGUUGACAUGUGCAGUCCACACAUUGUUUCAUCAGAAUUGGAUCUUUUCCUGUGCCCUUGAGUUUGUGAACCCAGAGGGAAAUGAGACUAGAAGAUGCCCAGACACAUCAGAUAAUAGUGACUACACUGGUUGCUGAUGUUACGUUAUGUUAAACUCUAAUUAAUCAUUUGGACAGCAGUAUUUAUCUCUUUGUGUAAGCUCAUAGCCGAAUUACUUAAGUACAGUUUAUAGCAUUUUAGUGCAGUUAAUUCUUCACAGAAAACCUACAUUGCAGAUUUAAAGGUACUGUACAACCAUGAUGUCUGUAAAUAACGUUCCUUGGCACUUUCUUGUCACUUAGACUAGUACGUAAUACAACUUGAGUGACCGCUUCGGGAAGUACCGGCAGUCUAGUGUUGCUCCUCAGUGUCGGACUGAGUUCUCGGCUCUGUCCUAGACAUUUGCACUACAGUAGCCAAGUCCAUUCUCAUUGUCUGUCACUGUGCUCUGUGCCCGCUGGUGAGCGCUCCUGGGUCCACACCAGCUGCUGCAGAGGUUAUUUUACAACCCUCUGGCUAUUGCCAGGCUACUGAAAAGAAACGCUAUAUUUGUAUGCAACACUAACCCGUUGACUGCUAACGUCUGCUUCUGCUUGCUGUGCCUUGUUCUGGCUGCUUUUUCGUGCUAAUAAAGUAUGUUUGGUGUUCGCCUUGUAUAUCUGCUGUUUUAUACAUUUGCCACAGUUUCUCUUGUACGUGGAAUGGUGUGGGGUUUUUAAAUAAGCAUUAUCUGGCAACUUACUGUAGUUAAUGCAGAUUCACCUACAACUUAAUACUGACCUGCCAGGAUAAGCUAAAUCUAAAUUGAAUGCUCUCUAGCUUUCUAAUCUUAAUCACCUCCCGUGGAAGUGUCUGUAGUUAACUGCAAAUUGGUGUACAGUUUACGACAGAAAACUCAGAAGUGAAACCCUGGUGAUUUCUCUGUUGGUAGCAAAAGACCGACACAGGCGGUAACCCAGCAGAUGAACAUCAGAGCAUCCAGCUGCAUCCGAAACAGGUUAUGUGAAGUCUGUGAACCAGGACACAGCACCACUUAGCGGUUUGGGGACCAUUUUAAUUGAUGAUAAAUGCCCAAAAUGUGGACCUUUAACCAAAGACUUGUCCAUUUUAAUGCAAAACGGGGAUUGAAGGAACUUAGAUUUUCUGUUAUUUGUAGUAGAAGUCCCUGAGGAACAUAUACCAAAGUGGUUGAGAACUUCAUCCAAACCUACUUUCAAAGCAUAAUGUGCAAUUAAGUUGUUAUGACGUAAUUCUAUUGCAUAAUUGUUGGGUCUGUUUUCUUGAGCUUCUAAUGUACCUGGAAAGUAAACCAACCUCUUAAGGCAAAAGUCCAUACUAAGUACUGGAGGAGGACGUUGGUGAGCAGGUGAUGCUGUGAAGAGAACUCGAAACUCCCAGAAAGCACUUGAUGUUUUUAUAUGCUUGUAGCAAAUUGAUGUUCUCACUAUAGUUUUAUAGAAAAUAUUAAUGCUUUUAUGUAUUUCAGAACUUUUCCUGUGUUAUUAUGCAGAUUGUUUUAAGUGUGUAACUUGAGUUUUGUGAGCAUGUGUACACUGUGCUAAAAGGCACUUAAUGUUUCAGUUUGUGUACAAUAUAAAUAUGCAACUUCGGGGUUCAUUUUUUUUGUUAAAAUAUUAGCAGCUUACAUUUAAAAAAAGAAAAAUCACCAUCAUGAAAGUGCA